UUAGAAAACAAACAACUUAAAUCAUGUCGCAAAAACGUGCAGCUGGUCUCUUUGGAAAGUUGGUGGAGAAUCUCAAGAGCAAGGAAUUCAGGGAAUAUUUGAUGAGCACACAUUUCUGGGGUCCCGUUGCCAACUGGGGUAUUCCAAUUGCUGCUUUAGCUGAUAUUAAUAAGGAUCCUAAAAUCAUAUCUGGUCGCAUGACCUUGGCUCUUACUUUAUAUUCCUGCUGCUUCAUGCGUUUCGCAUGGAAAGUUCAACCUCGCAAUAUGCUAUUGUUCGCCUGCCACGUUACCAAUGCCACAGCACAAUCGAUACAAGGUGUACGUUUCAUCAAUUACAAUUAUCUGACAAAAAAAGAUGAACCCCAGGUGGGAGCUGCAUAA